UCAAGCUCGUGGUUGGAGGAAUCCCUUGUUUUCCCGGGAAGCUGCGCUCGCAGCCUCACGGGGCUGAAGUUUUGGAACAGCUCACGCGUUUCUUCCACGCGACAGCAGACUGUAGGAUGAGGCUGCUGCUGGUGUUCCUCAUUCAGCUGGUGGGCGUGGCCUGCAGGAGGCCCCACCCACAAGUCAGCUCCGACACACACACAAAGGCUACAGCCAUGGCGACGACCCCUCUCAUCUACCACUGCUGGUCGCCCAACAUGGAGUUCUUCACCUGCUGGUGGAGACCGGUGGGGAACCUCUCGGCAGACGAGGACGUCCGCUACACCCUGAGCUACAGCAAGGACAAGGGGCCCGUCCACGAGUGUCCCGACUACGUGUCCGGCGGGGCCAACAGUUGCCACUUCGACAGCAGUCACACAUCCAUCUGGAAGAUGUACUGCAUGACGGUGACGGCCGCGUCCGCCCGCCGCAACGCCACCUCCACGCCGUACUGCGUCGACGUGGCCGACAUCGUGCAGACGGAGGCCCCGGUGAACCUCUCCUAUGCGCUACGGGACGCCGGGGGCGACGAGAGAGGCCACAGCGCCCUGCUAGCCUGGAGCUACCCGGUACCGGAGGACCUCCAGUACGGCUGGAUCACGCUGGUGUACGAGCUGCAGUACCGCCGCGUCACAGAGCCUGGCGACUGGAAGAUGAAGCCCCCCCAGAGGGAGUCCCAGCUGGAGCUCAUGGGUCUCCCGGUGGGGGGAUACCUUGUCCGGGUUCGCUGUCGCUCCCACAACUACGGCCUCUGGAGCGAGUGGAGCUCGCCGCUACAGAUGACCAUCCCCGCCCGUCCGCUGGCAGGCAAGAUGCUAGUGCUGAUCCUGGUGGGGGGGCUGGGCGUCGCCACCCUGCUCAUCAUCUGCUGCGGAGUCGUCCCCCAGGGCAAGAGGAUCAAAGCCCAUUUCUUGCCGCCAAUUCCUAAGCCUCGGAUUGGAGGAAUCGACCCACUGCUUCUGAAGAGGGGGCGUCUGGACGAGAUCGACCAGCACUUCCGCACCUUCCACAGCUACAGCCACACCGUCCUCAGCGAGGAGGUGUGGAACUACGUCAGCACGGAGGCCUCGCACACCUGCGCCCUCUGGCCCGUCGAGCCGCCGCCCAUCAGUCAAUGGGAGAAGCCGGCCCCGCCCCCAUCACUCGGGGACCCACCCACAGCCCCUCUCGACGCGACGAUCACGACCACGGCGAUGGCGCCGUCGUCGUACUGCGGCCUCCCGCCCGCCCAGGCGCCAGUUUCCGUGGCGCCGUACAUGCAGCCUGUGGGGGCCGGCCAGUGGGAGUGGCCUACGGUGGUGGCCGCGCCUCCCCCGGCGACAGCGGACUACAGCCUGCUGGCCACACAGCCCGUCAGCCCCCAGCCCCCCGAUGUGGUGCAGUUCCCCCAGCCCAUCCAUCCCCUGCCGCCGCUGGCCCCGCCCACCGACUUCUACACCUGCGCUCAGCUCCUGGGACCCGGCGGGGAAGUGAACCUGGUCCCCUGCUUGACCCCCACGCCACAGCCGCGGGCCCCCGGACGCGAGGAAGCGGGUGAGGAGCUGAAGAAGAGGUCCCCAGAGACUGGUGUGUCGGCCGGUCUUAACUGA